CCCGACCGGUACGACUUCGACCUGCCCGAGAUUGCGAGCGACGACCCGUUCCGCCUGGUCGUCAAGAAGCUCUCGCUGUACUUUGUCGAUGUCAUCGAGCUGCCCAGCACCUUUGAGCAGCUGAGGACCACUGCUGCGGGGAAGUGUCUGCGGGUGCUGGUGGAUCACUUGGCGGAGACGUGCACCAACCCUGGUAUUGUCAAUGCUUUGCUGUAAGUGUGACGUCCAUGUCGAUGUUUUGUUGCAAUUGUCCGUCUCAUGUGUUUCCAUUCCCAUUGCUGAGCGCGCAAUUGGCCUGCUCAUGGUACUUGUCUUGUCUCGUGUUUCCCUGUUUUGCAUCUCUAUUCCGCCAUGUGGGGGUGGUGAAGCUUCCCACGUUCCCCACCAUGAAACGUCACCCACCCAUCACGCACACGAGCCACGAACAACACCUGGUCACCUCUCCCACAACUGCUAAUCCAAUCGUAUCCAGCGCCCUCAAGUGGCAUUAUGCUGCCGACUCGGAGCACGCCGGCCUCGGUGAGGCUCGCUCCAGCGCCUGCGAAAUUGUCGCCUGGCGCUUCUUGACCCGACUCUCCGAGCGCGAGGCAGUCGACUACUGUCUCUACGAAAUCCCCGACCCUGAUGCCGCUGAGGAAAACGGUCACAAUGGCCAUGUGGAUGAGGAGGCUGGCGAAACAUCUCCUCUCCUCGAACACAUCCGUUCGAACGGCAACCGGCGUCGUGGGCCUGGUCCCGCUGGCAGCAGCAUGAAGCGCACCCAGUUGCUGAGCUCGCUCUCUCGACUCACCAUGACUAUGGACACUGAGGAAGCCGACGAAACCGACCCCACGGGAGCGUUUAAGAACCUCAAUGCCCUUGAGAUCGCCGCAAUCGCCGACGCCAAGCGCUUCCUCAGCCAGCACAUCGUCCAGAAGAUCAUCACGGCCAUCUGGAGUGGCGACAUUAUCUUCUGGGACAGCCUGUCGGUUCACUCCACCAAGAAGCCCCGAUUCUACAACCCGCACACGGCCGAUCCCUUUUCUCGCCUGCGCGUUCCCAAGUACCUCAAGAGCUGGGAAGUGCUUUUCUUCUGUGUCUUCCUGUGCUUGUACUAUGUCGUUCUCAUCGUCCGCGACGAGUCCCGCAUCACGGUUCCUGAGAUUAUCCUGUUCUUCUGGAUAGCGGCCUUUUUCUAUGAUGAACUUAGCGAGUGGCUUGAUGCUGGCUCCAUCUUUUACGCCACGGAUAUUUGGAACGUCUUCGACAUGGUCAUGAUUAUCAUUGGUUUCACCUUUGGUGUCCUGAGAAUCAUCGGCAUUACCCAGGGCAAGCCAGAGCUGUGCGAACUUGCAUUCGACAUCCUCGCCCUCGAGGCCCUGUUCAUGAUCCCCCGUAUUUUCUCGAUUCUAAGCCUCAGCCCGUACUGGGGAACCCUUAUACCCUGUCUUAAAGAAAUGGGCAAGGACUUCUUCAAAUACAUGGUGCUCGUCGUCGUCGUUUAUCUCGGCUUCCUGACCACGUUUUCGCUUAUCGGCCGCGAUGUCUUCUCCUUCAAGAAGAUGGCUUGGAUCCUGACCAAGAUAUUCUACGGAUCCGCCCCCAUCGGAUUCGAGGUCAUGCACCAAAUCGAUCCCUUCUUCGGGCCGCCCCUGAUGAUCGCCUUCAUUACGCUGUCCACUUUCCUGCUGAUGGGCUCCCUGACCGGUAUGCUCUCCAACAGCUUCUCGCGUGUCAUCACGCACGCCAAGGAGGAGUACCUGUAUGUGUACAGCGUCUACGUUCUGGAGGCGUCGACUAGCAACCGGCUCACCCACUUCUACCCGCCUUUCAACCUCCUCGCCUUUGUCAUCUUCCGGCCCUGGCGUCUCAUCUUCUCCGCCGAUGAGAAGUUCCGGAGGGGUCGCAUCAUGCUCCUCAAGCUCACCCACUGGCCUCUGGUCGGCAUCAUCCGUAUGUACGAGAUGUUCCGCAGCCGGGCUGUUGCGGAUGAGUUCGCUGGGUUCAAGGGACCCCAGGCUUCUAGGAGCCGCAACGGCCGCCGAGGCGUUGGCCAGAAACGGUCGGUGUCCAACAUGAGCCGGCGGGAGCUGCUAUCUCCGAUACCGGUUCGUCACCACGAAGCGGACCGUCGUGAGGACGAUAUGGAUGCCCCGACUAAUGUGGAGGUGCAACUCGCCGAGCUUAACCGCAAGAUUGACCAGUUGGCAACAGCUGUCCUGGCGAUGCAGGAGAAGGCUACCAGUGCCACGCCUAGCACAACCGCGUCCGCCUAAGGCCGGGAUAUGGUGUUCCUGACUGUGCCUUGGUGAGUCGGAGGUGGAGCAGUCCCGCUAUCUAAUGCAGGGCCGUGGAUAACGAGGGUGGAAACAACAGGCGGGUAGUGGUUUCAAGAUUGAUCCAACAGACGGAGCGGGUCGCUGGGCGGCUAGAUUCUCAUAUCCAUCGGUGAGGAGAAGGCGGAGAUGGGUGACUCUGCGGGAGGGAGAUGUGUUUGCACUUCAUACCAUGACAAUCAUGAACCUAAUAGUUAGCAAGCAUUCGUACUUCAAGACCCUAUGUCCCUCUACUUGCGGUUCUUCAGACUAAAAUAUGUUUCUCAAAUC